AUGGAGUCCUGGGACAGCUGGGUUGCCGCCGCCCUCAAGCUCUCCGGCAAGAGGCUCCUUCGCUCCGUCCGGCCCAUUUCCCUUCCCUCUUCCGAUCCCAAGGUCGAGGCCUUCGAUGGCCCUCGGCCCUGGGACCGCUCAUCUGUGGAAGUUGAGCUCGAUGAACAAACUUUCCAGGAAUGGCUCCAGGAGUUGCCGAAUCCUGAUGGUGAAUUGUUGUGUGAGAAUGAGAAGGGGAGGAAAAAGAUGAUUCUUUUCUCUGGGAAUGACUACUUGGGCUUGAGUGCUCACCCUGCUCUCCGCAUUGCUGCAUCGGAGGCUGCUCGAAUGCAUGGUAUGGGUCCUAGAGGGUCUGCAUUGAUCUGUGGCUAUACGAAUUAUCACAUGCAGGUUGAAGCUUCACUGGCAGAGCUGAAGAACAAAGAGGACUGCCUCCUUUGCCCUACUGGAUUUUCUGCCAAUAUGGCUUUCAUGACCGCUCUGGGAAGUAUCAGUUCUCUUCUAGCUGUUAAUGGAAAGCCAUCCAAAGAUGAGAGGAUUGCCAUAUUUUCUGAUGCUUUGAACCAUGCAUCAAUCAUUGAUGGAAUCCGUCUUGCUGAGAAACAACGAGAAGCUGAAGUAUAUGUCUAUAGACAUAGUGACAUGGACCAUCUCAGUUCUCUGCUAUCAUCUUGUCCACUGAAAAAGAAAGUUGUCGUGACUGAUAGCCUGUUUAGUAUGGAUGGGGAUUUUGCUCUAAUGUCUGACCUUGCCAAGCUUCGAAAUAAGCACCACUUUUUGUUGGUAAUUGAUGACGCUCAUGCAACACUUGUUUGUGGCAGAAAUGGUGGUGGGGUGCCUGAAGCAUAUGAGUGUGAAAAUGAUGUUGAUAUAUGUAUUGGCACAUUGAGUAAGGCAGCAGGCUGCCAGGGUGGUUUCAUUGCUUGUAGCCAUAAAUGGAAACAACUCAUUCAAUCUAGAGGCCGCUCUUUCAUUUUUUCAACAGCUCUUCCGGUGCCAAUUGUUGCUGCUUCUCUUGCCUCUCUAACCGUGGCCAGACAAGAAAAAUGGCGAAGAAGAGAAGUAUGGAGUCGGGUACAUGACUUCCGUUCUCUAACUCUACUUCCAAUUACCAGUCCUAUAAUAUCUUUGAUCGUCGGAAAUGAAGCAGCAGCACUUCUUGCAAGCAGGCAUAUGUUGAAGUCCGGUUUCCACGUGACUGCAAUCCGGCCUCCUACCGUCCCUCCUGAUUCUUGCAGAUUGCGAAUAACUUUAAGUGCCGCGCACACAACCGGCGAUGUAAGAAAGCUUGUAACCGCAUUGUCUCGAUGCUUCAAGCUACCAGUUUUCGAAAACAACGGUCUCAUGGCUUCAAAGCUUUAAAUAGAGGAUAUUAUUGGAGUCUGAACUCCUUACCAGAAGUAGCAAUAAAGUAAAUUUUCAACAAUUUUAGACAAGAAUACAUUGUAUUCAUUACGUUCAGCAUCUGCUAUUCAUCUUGUAUUUUUUUUUUAUUCUUUUGUGCUAGAGAUAACUUAUUUUGUUUGUGAUGAUUA